AUGAUUGCCUGUUGUUUCUCGCGAAGCAUCGUCAGAUAUUCCUCAUUCACGAUGAUUUUUGUGAAGUUCCUGCUCGCAUUGCUGCUGACCGCACCGCUCAAGUCCAAUGCUGACGGAACAGAGUCGAGUAGGACAGAGUCCGUCCAUUCUGACGGAGCCUUGACGGAGGAGCACAUUGCUUCUAUCAUGAUGGACUGGCUUGUGGAACGGGGAGUUACAGGGCUGACUCCAAACUCCCCCUUGCAGAUUGUGGUGGGAAAGCCACGUGGCAACCGCGGGUUGUCACGUACAAGGCGCGGUCUCUCGGUAGUAGCAGCGCGCGACCUAGUCGAAGGCGAGCCGCUCUUCUCCCUGCCCCCCUCCGCCUUCAUCUCGCCCGAACAACUCAUCACCCUCCCCCACCCCUACCCGCUCACUCCCGACAUCUCCCCUCUCUCCGGCUGGCCGGCGUUUUCUAUCUUAGCGGCGUGGAUUAUAAGGGAGAAGAGGAAGGUGGAGAGCGGUGAGGGUUCGCAGUGGGGCGUGUAUGUGCGCUCGCUGCCUGCGUAUGUGCCGCUGCCGGUGUUUUAUCCGGACGAUUUGAUACAGGAGUUCGAACUGCAGAGCAUGAUCGACCAUCUGAGGUGCUUGUCAUACGUGCUGCUUCCCUCCCCCUUUUCCCCACGUGCCCUUCCCUUCCCUCUUCUCCUCCAGUCUGUCUCCUACCGGGAGGCGUUCAAGUCCGAAUACGCGCGGUGUGACAAGGCGGCUAUCGGCAAUGCCACCUGUCUCUCCAACACCCUUACCAUCCCCCCCUUGUUUCCCCACCUGUCCCCUCAGGCUUUCUCCUACCGGGAGACGUUCAAGGCAGAGUAUGACAAGUGUGACAAGGCGGCUAUUGGGAAUGCGAGCGAGGAGGAGUUCAUGUGGGCCGUGGCUACGGACGAGCAGACCGACACCAUCGUCGUCCGCAGCUACACCGCCCUGCCAGCUGGCAGCCAGCUGUACAACAGCUACGGGACAAAAAGCACCGACAUGUUUCUACAAGCGUACGGCUUCGUGCCGUCCGAGAACCCGCACGACUCGUUCCCCCUCACUUCCUCCGAAGCUGAUCUCGCAGAAAUCUACUACAAGCACUAUGCGAACGUGACUGUAAAGGAGGGCAGGAAGGGCAUGUUCGACCUAUGGGCGGAGUAUCUACUAAGGAGGGCGACCGAGGAUGUGAGGGCAGCGAAAGAGAAGGUGGAGGAGGAGGUGGGGGUGAUAACAGGACCCAAGGCAGAUGUGUUUGGGGAGGGCAGCGAGCAUGCGGUGUGGGCAGGAGGACAGGUGGACCCACGCAUGCUUAUGUUCCUCGCGUCGCUGUGGCACGUGUUUGGAUACGGGGAAGGUGCGUUGUGA